UCAACUGUUGCAAGACGUGUGUUGAUAAUUGUGUUUGUUCUGUUAUGUUGUUUGCAUUGAUGUGCAGGUAAAAUACGUUUGUUUUAAUUGUAUUGUUGAAACUGCCCUUACAAGUAUCAUAAUGAUUCGUUUAUCACAAAUGUAUGCAUUGGGACAGAAAUCUAGAGGCGCAAAAGAUAUAAGCACUGCUGUUUACUUCGGAACUUUCGCAGUUAACCAGUAUUGUGACGGACGAGUAUCUAACCGUCAGUAUGCAACAGCUCCGCAAGUUUUAGGUCUACCUAAAGAGAGGAAACCUAUUGACUUCACCAAACAACUGCCUACUGAUGGCAGGCCUUUAUAUUUGGAUGCACAGGCAACAACUCCAAUGGAUCCACGUGUACUGGAUGCUAUGUUGCCGUAUUUAACACAUUACCAUGGUAAUCCUCAUUCUAGAACGCAUGCAUAUGGCUGGGAGAGUGAGAAAGCUAUGGAAGCAGCAAGAAAACAAGUUGCAGAUCUAAUUAAUUGUGACCCCUCUGAAGUAAUAUUCACAUCAGGUGCAACUGAGUCAAAUAAUACAGCAAUUAAAGGUGUGGCACAUUUCUACGGUGCUAAGAAGAGACACAUCAUUACUACACAGACAGAACAUAAAUGUGUGUUAGCUUCAUGUCGCCAGCUGGAAGGAGAAGACUUUAAAGUGACUUACCUGCCUGUCAAUAAUUUGGGGCUCAUCAGUAUGGAGGAAUUAGAGAAAGCUAUUCGACCUGACACUGCCCUGGUAACCAUCAUGUUCAUCAACAAUGAAAUUGGUGUUCGGCAACCUAUUAGACAAAUAGGAGAAUUGUGCAAGUCCAAGAACAUCUUCUUUCAUACAGACGCAGCUCAAGCAGCAGGAAAGGUACCUAUUGAUGUCAAUGAUCUGAAUAUUGAUCUCAUGUCUAUUAGUGGCCACAAGAUUUAUGGACCUAAAGGUGUAGGUGCUUUGUACGUUCGUAAACGACCUAGAGUUCGCCUGGAACCAAUAAUAAAUGGUGGUGGACAGGAACGUGGCUUGAGAAGUGGCACUGUGCCAUCACCUCUUGGUGUUGGAUUGGGUGCUGCUUGCAGUAUCUGCAAACAGGAGAUGGAUUAUGAUCAUAAAUGGAUGGAACUGCUAUCAAAGCGACUUAUGGACAAAAUAUAUGGAAGUCUGGAUUAUGUAGUUCGUAAUGGUGAUCCUGUCAAUUCAUAUCCUGGCUGCAUUAAUCUGUCAUUUGCAUAUGUUGAGGGAGAAUCCUUGCUGAUGGCACUGAAGGAUGUAGCUCUGUCAAGUGGCAGUGCAUGUACUUCAGCUUCAUUAGAGCCAUCAUAUGUACUGCGCGCUAUUGGCACUGAUGAUGAUAUGGCACAUUCAUCCAUCCGAUUUGGCUUCGGGAGGUUCACAACUAUGGCAGAAGUAGAUUACACUGCUGAUCACUGUAUAAAAAAUGUAAAGAAGCUAAGAGAGAUGAGCCCAUUGUGGGAGAUGGUGCAGGAAGGUGUGGAUCUGAAAUCUAUAAAGUGGUCACGGCAUUGAAGUAUAUAUAUAUAUAUAUAUGUAUGUGUGUGUGGAUGUAAAUAUACUUCCUUGAAGACAUACUUUAUACUCAUAUGUACAUAUGCAAACUGCUUUCAUUUGCUGUGUUAGUUACCUAUCAAGUGUUAAAAAAAGUCUACUAUUGUAUAUUUGAAUGUAGAAAUAACUUUGUCACACAUUGGCAGUUACUACUGUAUUUAUUAAUGAAAUGCACUGUAUAAUGAUAAAAGAUAGGUCGAGCCUUUAAUAUAGUGACAAUACAUGAAGCACAAAUAUUAAUAACCAUAUUUAUUUUUAAACGAUUUUUAUCUUUAAUUAUCUGCAGGCAUUCUGAAAGCUGCUCUUCGUUGUUAUUUAGUACAAAGUACAUCUAGUAAUAUUACAAUAUAUGCAAAUUAGUUCUACAGUUUCUAUCAAUGUCUUUAUGUAACAACUAAAGGAUUCUCAAGAAAUCUGAUAACUAGGAAGUUUUACUACAAAUGUAUCCAAUUUUGGUUAAAACUCAACAGUAACGGGUACUUUACAUGAAGACCUACAUGCAUUUGUGUGCAGAAGUGACUGGAUGGGGAAUCCCCAGACAACUCUGGCACUAUUCACAGACAUCAAAGAUCAAAUUCUGGCAAGUACUCCAGUUUCUAACUUGUUUACAUCUCUGGAAUUGAUAUACAUCACCAUACUCCAGCUUUAAAAUUAUCAGUCUCGUGCCAAAAUGCAAACAUUUCAGUCCUGCAUUAUUUUUUCUCAACUCUCAAACAUGCUUCAAAAUGCAAUUAAAAAGCUGCUCAAAUAAAGUGUGAAAAGUG